GCCGGCCGGCCGAAUCACUCACACGCACAGCUCCGCUCAGCUCACAAGUCACAACACACACGCGACCAAGUGAGCGGCUAUGGCGACGGGAAUGCCAGAGUGCUCCCCGGCCUUGCUGGUGGCCGCCGGCCUCGCCGUGCUAGCGAUCUGCUCGUACCUUGCCGCCAUCGUUGUCGGCCGCGGCGCCGCGCGGUACCCGCCUGUGGCCGGAACGGUGUUCCACCAGGUAUACCACCUCCGGCGGCUGCACGACUACUACACGGACCUGUUCCGCGAGCACGCCACGUUCCGGCUGCUCGCGCCGGGACGGAGGCAGAUUUACACCUCCGACACGGCGGUGGUCGAGUACAUCCUUAGGACCAACUUCGCCAACUACGGCAAGGGCGCGUCUAACUACGACAAGACGAGCGAUCUCUUCGGAGACGGCAUCUUCACGGCGGACGGCGACAAGUGGAGGCAGCACAGGAAGAUCGCCAGCUACGACUUCUCCGCGAGGGCCCUCCGGGACUUCAGCGGCGGCGUCUUCAACAGGGACGCCGCCAAGCUCGCGCACAUCGUCUCCGGCAACGCGGCCGCGAAGCAACCCAUGGACUUUCAGGACUUGCUGAUGAAAGCGACGAUGGACUCCAUCUUCACCAUCGCCGUCGGCGUGGACCUGGACACGCUGUCGGGGUCGGAGGAGGGGAGCCGCUUCGCCGCGGCGCUAGACGACGCCAGCGAGUUCACCCUGCUCCGUUUCGUCAAUGCGUUCUGGAAGGUGUCGAGGUUCCUCAACGUCGGCGCCGAGGCGGCGCUCCGGCGCAGGAUCGAGGUCGUCGACAAGUUCAUGUACAAGCGCAUCCGUGCCAGGGCGGAGGAGAUAUCGGACGGCGACAUUGGCAAGGCACACGACACUGUGUCCAAGGAUGAUCUGCUGUCGAGAUUCAUACAGGCAACCACCAGCGACGCCGGGGAGGUGGACUACAAGCACCUGAGAGACAUGAUACUGAACAUAGUCAUGGCCGGCAAGGACCCGACCGCCGGAGCGCUUGCCUGGUUCCUUUACAUGAUGUGCAAGCACCCGGAGGUCCAGGAGAAGAUAAGUGAGGAGGCUGCCGACGCCGGCGAGGCCACGUCGUCCAUCGACGACUUCUCCCGGAGCCUCACCGAGGAGGCGCUCAACAAGAUGCACUACCUGCACGCCGCCCUGACGGAGACGCUCCGGCUGUACCCUUCGCUCCCGCUGGAUGCUAAGCAGACCAUGGCCAGCUCGUGGACUAAACCGAGGGUGGGCAGAGUAAAACUCAAUCCAGAUGGUUCUUACCUUGAAAACAAAGGGGUGCAGGCAUCAUUCUCAGGGAUUCUGAAGGCUCAGUAAUUCUUAGUUCAUGCAGACAUGUAUUCACAUGCGCUGAUGCAUUAGAAGCAGAGCUAUUAACUAUAAAAGAAGGAAUUUCAUUAGCACUGCAAUGGACUUACUUACCCGUUGAUGUCGAAUCCGAUUGUUCGGAGGCUAUCUCGACGAUCAAGGAAGGAGUUGGCAACAAAUAAAAGCAUGCGUUCAUAGUCAAGGAGAUCAUUGAUAGUAUGGAGGAAAGAGAUUCUUGUAUUAGUCACACUCGUCAAAACUGUAAUAAUGCUAGUCAUUCUAUGGCUACUUUUGGUAGUUUGUAGUGCCGAACUGUGGUUUGGCUAGGCUUUGGAUCAGAAGAGGUUGUGAAAAUUAUUGGACGAGAUUAUAAUACCGACCGAACUUUGAGUAA